CCCAAAGUCACUCCCCCCCCUUACCACGCCGUCACCAUGGGUAAAUCCUCCAAGGACAAGCGCGAUGCCUACUACCGUCUUGCCAAGGAACAGAACUGGCGCGCCCGUUCCGCCUUCAAACUGAUCCAGAUCGACGAGCAAUUCGACCUGUUCGAGCACGAGAACCCGGAGAAAGUCACCCGAGUCGUCGACCUGUGCGCCGCCCCCGGCAGCUGGAGUCAGGUCCUGAGUCGUGUGCUGAUCAAGGGCGAGAGUUUUGGCCGACGCGCCUGGGUCGAGAAGAAGCAGAAGGAGCGCGAAGCCCUCGAGCGAGUCCGCAAUGGUGCUGAUGCGACGACGACGACAACGACGACAAGCACCGAAGACGAUGUCGACAUGGCCGAGCUGAAACCCCGCAAGAACGUCAAGAUCGUCUCCAUUGACCUGCAACCCAUGGCGCCCCUCGAGGGCAUCACCACCAUGAAAGCAGACAUCACCCACCCCUCCACCAUCCCGCUCCUCCUGCGCGCCCUCGACCCUGAAGCCUACGAUUCCUCCACCACCACCACAGCCAUCACCUCCUCAUCCUCCUCCUCCACACCCUCCACCCCCUCUGCUAUCCGCCCCCCACACCCCGUCGACCUGGUCAUCUCCGACGGCGCCCCAGACGUGACCGGCCUCCACGACCUAGACAUCUACAUCCAAUCGCAACUCCUCUAUUCCGCGCUGAACCUCGCCCUGGGCGUCCUACGACCCGGCGGCAAAUUCGUCGCCAAGAUCUUCCGCGGCCGGGACGUCGAUCUCCUAUACGCGCAGCUGCGGACCGUCUUCGAGAAAGUCAGCGUCGCGAAGCCGCGCAGCAGUCGCGCCAGCAGUCUAGAAGCCUUCGUCGUGUGCGAGGGCUUCAUCCCGCCGUCCAUCCACGACGGUCUGAAGGGCAUGGACGCGCUGAAGAACCCCGUUUUCGGCGGCGUGGCGGUAGCGCCCCCGGUCUCAACGGACGGGAAUGUCGGCGUCGAGGUGGUCGAUGAGGACAGCGCGGUUCAAGAGCCCGUUAAGGCGACUCAUAUCGCUCCUGCGGCUGCAACGCUGGCCUCUAACAACCCCUACUCUGACCACAACACGGAAAACCAGACUCAGACUCGUCUCCUCCACGCCGACUCCUUGGCGUCCGUGACUCCCGAACCGCUGGCGUAUAAACCGCUCUCGGAGAAAUUCGCCGUCGAGAACCGCUGGAUCCCGCGGUUCAUUGCCUGCGGCGAUCUGUCGGCUUGGGACUCCGAUGCGUCGUACUCGCUGCCGCCGGACCAUGUUAGUUUGGAUCCCGUUCAGCCGCCCACUGCUCCGCCGUAUCGUCGCGCGUUGGAGUUGAGGAAGGAGAAGGGCGGGGCGUACGGCAAGACGAAGUUGGGGAGUAUGGGGCGGGCGUGAUGGGUUUUCUUCUUUGCUCUUGAGACGUUGUCGAGUUCAACGACAUACAUAAAUCUUCUUGUUUAUACUUAUGCUCAUGCUUGUGCUUAGGAAUGUUUUCAUUUGGCGGCGGUGGGAAAAGUUGGUUUGAAUUGCUAGAUGGGACAAGCGAGGGAGUGGAGUGGGUACGCAAGUUGGGGAGGGAUAGAGCAUAUACCCAUAGAUUUACGAUAGAUGAUACAAGAGAGAGAGAUUAAGCAUAUCCAGU